UCUAAAAUGGCGUUAUCGUUGCAAGGCCUUCCUACGGCCAUAUCCAUUGCAGAGCAAACAAAGAAGCCAUCUUUAAGCAUCAAUGUUUCCUCUCUUUUAAGCCUUUCAACUACUAUUCAACACGCCAAGCAAGUUCACGCUCUUAUGGUCAAAACCUCCCAAUUAUCUGAAUCUUAUCCUCUCAGCCGCUUAGCCGAAAUCUACUCCAUUUCCGACCACGGAAACCUUCAGGAUGCCGAAAGAAUCGUAUUAUCUAUGAAGGAACCUUCCACUUUCGCAUGGAACACUCUCAUUAGAGGUAACACUAAAAGGAAACAACCCCAGAAAGCAAUUUCAAUUUACAUUUCCAUGUUAUCCAAUUCUGUACUGCCUGAUGAUUACACUUUCACGUUAAUCCUUAAAGUGUGCACUGAGUUGUCACUUUCAGAUAUAGGAAAGCAAAUUCAUGCCCAGAUUAUUAAAUUGGGGAACGAAUCUGGGUUAUUCGUUCGUAACAAGCUGAUUCAUUUCUAUGCCGUGUCUAGAUCAGUUACUGAUGCACGUAAGGUGUUCGAUAGAAGUCCUGAGUUGGAUAUUGUUAGUUGGAACACAAUGCUGGAGGUAUACGCUGGUGAUGGAGAUAGUUUAUCGCUUUAUCACAUGUUUGAUUCAAUGCCUUGCAGAGAUACAGUGUCUUGGAAUACAAUGAUUUCAUACUCUGUUAAGAAAAGUAUGUAUAUAGAAGCUGUUCGGUUGUUUAGAAGAAUGCAAGAUGAAGGAGAAGAAAAACCAGACAAGGUGACGUUAAUCAGCGUUCUAACAGCAGUCGCCCAUUCGGGUUCCCUCUCGUUAGGGAAGUGGCUUCAUAUGUAUAUUAAGAAGCAAAGAAUGGAAAUUGACGGCAACUUAGGAUCUGCCCUCGUUAACAUGUACUCAAAGUGCGGUUAUCUAGACGGAGCAGUUCAGGCAUUCAAAGAGACGUCGGAAAAGAAUUUAGACAUUUGGAAUUCCAUGAUUGGUUGUCUGGCUGCAAACGCUAGAUCCUCGGAGGCUAUCGAUCUCUUCUCCGAGAUGGAUAUUCGACCAGACGCAAUUACCUUUGCCUGCGUACUGAAAGCGUGCAGCCAUGGAGGACUGGUCGAACUGGGGUAUAAGUAUUUCAACGAGAUGAAAACAAAACACGGGGUUAUACCAGAUAUAGUACAUUAUGGUUGUAUGGUUGAUCUGUUGGGUCGUGCUGGUUUGUUCGAUGAAGUGAAGGCGAUCAUGGAGGAAAUGCCCAUGGAACCUGAUGUUGUGAUGUGGAAAGCUUUAUUAAGUGCUUGUAAAACGCACAAGGAGUUUGAAAUGGGUGAAGAAGUUGGGAUUCGACUUAUUAAGGAAGACCCGGAUGAUCAUGCGAAUUAUGUUCUUUUGUCGAAUAUGUAUGCGAUUGGAAAUCGAUGGGAUCAAGUUCAUAGGUUGAGGAAAGAUGUGUUGGACAGAGGUUUAAAGACUCGACCUGGUUGUAGCUCGAUUGAAGUGGAUGGGAUUGUGCAUGAAUUUAUAGCUGGAGAUGUAAGGCAUGAACGGAAGAAAGAAAUUUAUGAAAUGGUUCAUGAGAUGGGAAAAAGGUUGAAGGAAGCUGGACACGAGCAUGAGACUGACCAGGUUUUGCUGGAUAUAGAAGAUGAAGAAACGAAGCAGAUAUCAUUGGGUCAUCACAGCGAGAAAUUGGCAGUUGCAUUUGGAUUCGUUAGCACUAGACCUGGGACGACAAUUCGGGUGAUUAAGAAUUUGAGAAUAUGUGGCGAUUGUCAUUCUUCAUUCAAGAUAUUUUCGGGUAUCUAUGGACGAGAUAUAAUUGUUAGGGAUUCUAGCCGGUUUCAUUACUUUGGGAAUGGUUCGUGCUCUUGUUUGGACUGUUGGUGAUACUAUAUAUACAAUGGGUCCAAUUGUAAAAGUAUGAUACACAACCUAUUUGAAUCCAAAUGAGAUCAUAUAUUUAAAACCAAAACAAUCAACAAUGAACAUAAUAUUUUCAAAAAAACACACCCUUGUUCUCUCCUGAGAGAACAGAAAAUAAUGGAUUAUGUAUAUACA